AUGUAUACGUAUGGUCUCGGAUACGAUAGUAGUAGCCACUACAAAAUCCUGAGAUUUAUUGAUUAUCCCCCAAAUUUCGUUGAGUUCAAAAUCUAUGACUUCAAAUCAUGGACGAUUCUUGAUCUCCCUCCUCGUCCAGACAACUGGAAUAUAGAACUUGGUGAACGCGGGCUAUCUUUGAAAGGAAGUACCUACUGGUUUGCAUCAGAAGCUUUGAAUUUUGAUGCCAUUUGUUUCUUAGUCUGUUUUGAUUUCACAACAGAGACAUUCUCCCCGCCUUUGCCUCUCCCCUUUGAGGCUUUCCCUGACGAUACUUUGAUUCUAUCAUCAUCAUCAUCAUCAUCAUCAUCAUCUCCGCAGCAGCUUGUGGUUUUAUUCCAGUCUAUGGAUACAAUGGAGAUGGAGAUCUGGAUUUCCAAUACGAUUGAGCAGCCCAACGCAGGCCUGUCCUGGAACAGCAAGGUUUUCUUAUCGGCCAAUAUCAAACAACUCAUUCACCCCAUUGGCAGUUUCUUCAGAAAUCUGUGA